GGUAGGUACAUCCCAUUAAUCAGCAACGACAAAAAUUAGGAUAUUUCAACACUCUCUUUCAGGAAUUAAAAAACUUUCCUGAUCAAUUUUUUAAUUAUACCAGAAUGAUUCAGCAAUCAUUUUAUAAAUUAUUAGAAGAAGUAUCUCCAUAUCUGACCAAAAAUAGUCGUCGUCAAUCUAUCUCAGCAGAACAUCGGUUGCUAAUAACAUUGAGGUAUUUAGCUACAGGUGAUGAAGUAUCAUCUCAGGCAGUCGAAUAUCGUAUUGGAAGAUCAACACAUCAUUCAAUUAUUAAUGAAACGUGUGUUGUGUUGGCCCAAGUUUUAAUGCCAAAAUAUAUUAAAGCUCCAGAUAGUGAUCAAUGGAAAGCUAUUUCUGAUGGUUUUUAUCAAAAAUGGAACAUGCCUAAUUGUAUUGGUGCCAUUGACGGAAAACAUAUUGAAAUAAUUGCUCCACCUAAAUCAGGAACCAUGUGCUACAAUUAUAAAAAAACAUUUAGUACCGUACUCUUGGCAGUGUGUGAUCAUGAAUAUAAAUUUACCUUUGUUGAUAUUGGUGCAUAUGGAAGUGAAAGUGAUGGUGGUAUUUUUGCAAGAUCUUCAUUUGGAAAAGUUUUAGAAGAGGAUAAAUUAAACCUGCCAAAAGAAAAAACAAAAUUACCAGGAUCUAAUAUGUUUACUCACCAUUUUUUUGUUGGAGAUGAAGCUUUCAAAAUUUCACGCCAUAUGAUGAGACCAUAUCCAGGUCAUGAACUCACUACAACUCAGAAAGUUUUUAAUUAUCGUUUGUCUCGAGCACGACGAACCAUUGAAAAUACUUUUGGAAUUUUAUCGAGUAAAUGGAGAGUACUAAAAAGAAGUAUUCAUAAGAGUUUAACAAAUACUGAUCACAUUGUUGCUGCAUGUGUUAGUCUUCAUAAUUUUCUUAUAUUUCAUGAACAAAGAAUGUACAAUGUGCAAAAUAGUUUUAUAGAUUUGGAUUCUGAUUGUGAAACAGAACCAAGUAAUAUAUAACCACUAUCUCAAACGAACGCUCGUCAAUCAAUUGCAGAAGCACACGAGCAGAGAAACAAUUUGUCCACAUGGUUCAUGAGUCAAGACGGUCAAGUACCAUGGCAGCUUGACUACGUUUUUAGAGGACUUCAUGGUGACCACAAUAGAAAUAUUAAUUAAAACUUCUAGAAAAUCCAAAUAAUUCUAAUCGAGAUCAAAACUGGGGCAACACUUUGUGGAAAUCAUAAUAUCGUGAUGAGAAACUUGAGAGAUUAGAUCAAAAUAUACCACAGCUUGAAAAACGUUGAAAAAAAAUUUUGAGCCAUUUAAAGUUAGAUUGACGACGACUAUUUUUGGUCAGAUAUGGAGAUACUUCUUCUAAUAAUUUAUAAAAUGAUUG